AUGCAGAACAUCACAAUAUCUCUGGAGACACCACUAACCCAAACUUAUAUGGUGCACGCGGCGUUGCUUGCUGUAAAGCUCCUAGCAUUGAGUCCGUUAGCAGCGUUUACCUGGGUAAAUAAGGGCAUAUUUCCAAACACUGAUAUUGUAAGGAGGGCUUAUCUAUCGGAAUUGAAGAAUUUAGCUCCUUUUUGGAUUGUAGGAGCGUUAUAUCUGACAACAGGACCGCAAGUGGCUCUCGGCACUACUUUAUUCAGGGUGUAUACUAUUGCAAGGGCGUGUGUUAUAUUAGGAUAUGCUACAAGACCACUUCCAGCACUAAUUUCAGAUUUAGCUUUGAUUACGUCUUAUUUUAUUAACUUUUACAUGUCUUUGUGUGUUAUUUAUAAGUACAAGGAUCGUUUGUAUUUGUGA